AUUCAAAACUACUUUAUUUUGCUGCAAUUAAUGGUUAAGGUUUGCUUUUUUGCUCCGUUCUUUGGUCUUUUGUUGAACACACUCUUUUGCUUGGUUUAUUGUGCUAAUGGGUUUUUGAUGGGCCCAAUUUUCCACUGAGUUUUAAUGGUGAAAGAGAGUUGAAUGAGAAUUGAGAGGGGUAUCUCUCUUUCUUCAGUGCUUUUCUCUUCUGCCCCCAUUUUCUUGCUGUCUCGCAAUUUGGGGUUUUAAGGGUUUCUUUCCCAGGAUAAGACAUUUGUGGGUUUUCAAUUUUUUUUCUCCCUUUCUCUAUAAUCCUUGACAAUUCAAAUUAAUCAAGUUUCUCCUUGUGGGUUCCUGAUGUUGCUUCUGGAUUCAAUUUGUUUACCACAUAUUCAUACCUACCUAUUUUCCACAAAGGGGUGGUGGUGACCAAACGUAUAACUUGUACAAAUCUUUCCAUUUUCCAAGUCAAUACGAUCCAUUCAUUCGUAGAAGCAUUUACUCUAUCGCGGACAUUUCUGGAAAACCUCUUAACAGUUUCAGACUGUACUUUGAGUUGAUCUUCAAGUUUUUGGUGGUGGGUUUUUUGUUUUAUAUUCGUUUUUCUUCAUCGAAAUGAAGCGUGUCUGAAUAUCAGUUUGAUUUUCUUAAGCAUAAAGUUGCUUGUGGGAUCUGAUGAUUGGGAGAUAUGAAUUAACUUUCCCAGUUCAGCUCUGAAGUGAGGCAAAUUUGGAAUUGGCGAGUACUUUAAUUGUCAAGAAUGGACAGAAUUCAGCCUCCCUUGGUAGACACAACAGCAUGCCUUUGUCGGGUAGAUGCAGGCCUCAAAACCGUAGCUGGAGCUAAAAAGUAUGUGCCAGGUACAAAGCUUUGUCUUCAACCUGACAUCAAACCUUCUAUUCAUCCCACUAGACAGAAGCCACCACGUGACAGAAACACGAGUCAAUCCCCUCUGCUUCCUGGACUUCCAGAUGAUCUUGCCAUUGCUUGCUUGAUCCGUGUUCCGAGAAAUGAGCAUCGAAAGCUUCGGUUAGUCUGCAAGAGAUGGGGUCGUCUUUUGGCAGGUAAUUAUUUUUACUCACUCCGGAGGAAUCUUGGAAUUACAGAGGAAUGGAUAUAUGUUAUGAAGAAAGACCGAGAUGGAAAAAUAUCAUGGCACGCCUUUGACCCCAUAUACCAGCUUUGGCAGCCUCUUCCUCCUGUCCCCAAAGAAUAUUCUGAAGCCCAUGGUUUCGGGUGUGCUGUCCUUAGCGGUUGUCACCUCUAUUUGUUUGGUGGCCGAGAUCCAGAGAAAGGUUCAAUGAGGAGAGUCGUUUUUUAUAGUGCGCGCACUAAUAAAUGGCAUCGAGCCCCUGAUAUGCUUCGGAGGCGACAAUCUUUUGGCUGUUGUGUUAUAAACAACUGUUUGUAUGUAGCUGGUGGGGAGAAUGAGCGUGGCCACCGGUCUCUAAGAUCAGCUGAAGUUUAUGAUCCUAACAAGAACAGGUGGUCCUUCAUUUCUGAUAUGAGCACUGCAAUGGUACCUUUUGUAGGGGUCGUUUACGAAGGUAAGUGGUUCUUGAAGGGCAGAGGUUCUCACCGACAGGUUUUGAGUGAGGUCUACCAACCUGAAACCGAUAGCUGGUGCACCAUCUAUGAUGGUCUGGUUGCAGGUUGGAGGAGCCCAAGUACUACAGUUAAUGGUCAUCUCUAUGCGUUGGAUUGCAAAGAUGGCUGCAGACUUCGAGUAUACGAUGAAUCGACUGGUUCUUGGAGCAAACAGAUUGACAGUAAAAUGCAUUUAGGGAACUCAAAGGCUUUAGAGGCUGUUGCACUUCUCCCUCUCAACGGGAAGUUAUGCAUUAUUCGAAACAACAUGAGUAUAUCGCUGGUCGACGUUUCGAAAUCAGACCAUGGUAGCAGCUCGACUGAUGAGCAUCUGUGGGAAACUAUCGCAGGGAAAGGGCAUUUCAAGACUUUAGUGACGAAUUUUUUGUCAAACCUCGCGGGUACCCGCUUCAAAAGUCUCAUUGUUCACAGCCAGGUACUUAAUGCAUGAAGAUCGUAAUUAUACAUGAGCCCAAGGAGGCCAUCAAUGUUGAAGGCUGUUCUUGUAGGGAAAAGGAUGUUAGCAUGUGCCUGUAGGUGCUAGACAAGAUUACCACGUUUGUUUUGCUUCCUAGACGUAGUGCUGCAUAUAGUUACAACCGUAUACUGUGUUAAAUUUCUGGUAAAGGGAGAGCAUAUCGACCGUUGAAGUAAUGGAUUCAUUGUACAUCCUGUGAUUGUAUCAAAAGUUUGUUAUGGAAUAAACCUAGAUUUUCCAUACUUACCAUUGGUCAUUUCGUUUUUGUCGAAACAUUUUGAAUUGGUUGUUGUUGUU